UGGUGAGGCUGGGUCGAAGGUAUAUAACCUAGCGAGACUUUCAGAGAGAAGCAUUACAUCACUCUACUCCUCAUCUGCUCAUCCACUUCUACUACUCACCACUACUCAUCGCUAAUCAUGUGCCACUGGCGUCGCGUUCAGAAUGUCUACCAGCGCUGCGGUCACGUUGAGAACAUGCCCGAGGAAAUGAUCGAGUGCGGCUCUCGUCACUGCAAGUUCAGCGCCUACCACCCGCCUACCUGCCAGCCGCCGUCUUGCACGAAGACGUGCCUCCAGUACCGCACGUACCCUGAGCACUACACUCUGAACAAGAACGCCUUCUGCCGCGCGUGCACGGCGGCGGGCUACCGCUAAUCGUCGCUCUUCACAAUUGCCCAUCCUCAACUUAUUUAUUACUGACCCUGGACUUCUGACUAGAGCUCAACCUACUAUAUGUACACAUCGCAUAGACCCAUAGAUACUCCACUACCGCACUCGUCGCUUCCCGUAUUUAUUUGUCGCUAUCCUUAUUCGUAAACUUAUACACAUUACAUGCGCCCUAGAGAUUGUCAAUUGACAUUCCACGUAGACCUCUG